AACGGCGUGCGUCCUGGCCGACGCUAACCACCGCCUUUCCUACUUGAACAGAGCACAUUGCACGAUCGUCACACACGGACCAAGCACACUAGGUGCAACUACUAGUUUUCCGUGGCCCCAUUCCUUGAACAGCCAUGCGUCGCCUUCUUGGUUCCAGGGCUGCUCCCGCCAAGGGUAAAGAACGCCAACGAUAUCCGGAAGACCAAACUGACACUUCUGCCGCCUCCAUGGAAGUUCUCGUACAAAGAGAAACCUACACCUCAGACGACCAAAACAGUUCCCAGCCGCUCUCCAGCACUUCAACACUCAUCCCUCCGUCACCGUCUGGUUCAGUGCAAGGACAGCUUCCGCCUGGUAUCCGCGUACCGGCACAUCCCUACCCAUAUUGGCACCAUCAUACAGCCUCUUCUUCUCAAAGCAGCCUAGAGUCCCCAGUGACACCAUCCCAUGUCUCUUGGCUCAGUGGGUCCAACUCCAGUCCCGCUGGUCCGUCAACAUCAACAGCAACGUCAAAUCCCGCACCCGCACCUGCAUCCGCUCCUACCGCUGGCCGGUCAUCUCCGAACCUAUUCUUCCCACCACCGCCCGCAACCGCUCCUCCUCCUAAUGCUAGUAGGUCCAAGCUAAUAUACCCCGUCAAGAGCACACACUCCCUGCGUGUCCCCGUCCAAGAGUUUUGCGGACAACCACUUUCCCCUAUUGUAGAACAAGAUUACAUGUCUCCUGAGAAACGACCUGUCUCAUUGCCCAGCUCCAGUUACGACGGCUCAGGUGCAAGGACUAGCACGACUCAGACCAUGAUGACGCCUAUUAGCACUUCUGCGCCCACACCGGUCACUCCUAUGCCCUUGAACCCAAUAUUUUCUCUAGCAGGUGGAACGGAACCAAUAGCUCCGGGUCCUGCGUAUGGUGGUGUCGUCCCAUUCGUAAAGAAGAAGGAAGAAGAAGGCGGGGAUUCGCCUCGCCCGUCCCCUGUAUUCUCAACUUUUUUAUCCCGGCCUUUAAACCGCACUGUCAGUUUGUCGUCCGCAAGGACCCAUCAAUCCAGUAUUUCUUCUUCAACACCUCCUGUCAUACCACCGCUUGAUCUGCGUCCCUCAUUUCCUGGCCCUUUUCUGCCUACUACCACACCAACCUCGCUUACGUUCCCAGGUUUCGCAGAUGGAGUUGGUGCAGGCGACGAGGAAUCCAGUUCAGACCGUCGUGUCAGUUAUAUUACUGCCAGGUCAACCGGCGCACGGGAGAGUCGUUACUCGGGCACGCAGCAAGAACACUUUGUGGAUGCUGAGAGCAACUUUGACACACCAAGCACUGAUAGGCGUUCUCAACGGUUACCGCAUACGCCCAAAGGCAGCCCUCCGUGUCCACCUGACAUACCUCGGACUCAACUACCACACCCUCCACCACCUGUACACCUUUCAGAUGUGAUCUCGCCAUUCUACCCUCAACAGGCUGGUCAGUCAGAAUACCCUCCUCGACCUUCUGCUCCGAGCCUUCGAUCUCUUACUUCCCUCCCAUCCGCGUCUUCCUCGUUUAUCGACAGACGCUUCGCCGACUCAGACUUGUAUAUUGGUUCCGCAGCCGAGCGUGCAAGCGCGCGGCAGGCAGGCCAGCGAUACCCAUCCCAGAAAGGCGGUCUGGAUACCGUUAAGCUUCUCUUCUGGGUCGGUUUCAUCGCUCCGUGGUGCUGGCUAAUCGGAGGGUGGAUGGUCGAAUCACGGAACCCACCGCUGUACCCGUCCCGCUCUCGCGGUGGAAGCCUUCUACCCACGUGGACGACUGGAAAGGGCAAAAGCGUGCCGCAGAACGCAAGCUCCGUUAGUAUGCAUACACAUGGCUACCCGAUCUUCACGCCGUCCGUGGCAAGCUUGAUGCCCCCUUCUUACUCACGCGUCGUGCUCGCGCCAAAGCCUCUCAGACCUGUAAAGAACCCAUGGGUACGUCGGUGCAGAAUCGCAGCUGUCACCAGUGGAGUGAUCAUUCUCGUCGCCUUCGUGAUUACGUUUGUCGUUGUCGGUCAGAAUUAAGAACUAUCGCUGUCGCGGGCGAUAGCCCUGGACUGGAUACAAAAUGCAUUGAAAUGACCCGCAGCUUUUAAUCACUGUAUUAAUACGCACAGAUUCGUAUUCUCUAUCUCAAACCGUGCGACCAUACACUUAGGUAUAUACUGCAAUAUUGUCACAUACAUUCAUUUGGGACUGUAAUAGUAUGUACAGUGAGCGAGGUCCUGAACAACUCAAU